UAUGUGAGAAACACAUGUCUAGCAAUUUUUUUAAUCAAAACAAACCGCAUAUUUGUGAAAAAGUGUUUAUAAAUAAUCGUAAAUAAAACUUAAAUGGGUGUGCGCGGACUCACCGGCUAUAUAGCACGUUAUGCGGAGCAGUAUUUGUUGCCAUACGAACUGCACGACUGUAAUCUAGUCAUCGAUGGUGAUAGUUUAUCUUGCAACUUCUACAGAGAUGUUUCUGGCACUUGUUCUGCCUUCGGUGGAGACUAUGAUGAUUUCUAUCGUGCAAUCGUGGAAUUCUUUCAAGUCCUUGCCGAAUGCAACAUCGAACCUUAUGUACUAAUGGAUGGCGGCUAUGAAAGGCGUAAACUGCGCACAGCUGGCAAACGGCUGAGAGGCAAAAUUGCGGUCAUCAAACGUAUCAAUCCUUGUGGUUCAGGGGCUGUUUUUCCUCUAUUAAUGAAGGAAGUAUUUGUGGAUGCAGCUCGUGACUGCGGUGUGCCCGUGAUGCGCUGCAUAUUCGAAGCCGAUGAUGAACUGGCAACGCUUAGUCGAAAGUUAGGCUGCCCUGUGCUUACUUAUGACUCCGACUUCUAUAUAUACAACGUUCAAUAUAUCCCACUUAUUACAUUGACUGUUAAAGCGCACACCAAGCGUGUGGUUGAGAAAAAGGAGAAAAUUUUACCCGAGCGUAAGUUGCGCAAAAACGAAGCCAAACGUGUGGAAAAACUUACAAAAGCAAACCGCAUUGUGGGCGACAUACAAGUCAACAAUGUGGAAAGACGUGCACCGAAAAAGGGCCAAACCUACAAGUUCUUGGAUUGUUGCAUAUACCGCAUUGAGCAUUUAAUAGCGCGACGCUCGCUUUGUAAAGAAAAACUGCCACUUUUCGCCGCUCUACUGGGCAACGAUUAUAUAGCGCGUUCUAGUUUUAAAAACUUCUUUGCCGCUGGUAUGGGGAAAAUUGGACGUAGUCGCAAGGUACAACGACAACAAAAAAGAAUUCAAGUAAUAUUGCAGUGGUUGAAGGAUGAGACUGUAGAGUCGGCACUAAGGAAAAUUUUAAGCCGUUUACGCAAGUUAGAACGAGAGUCGCUGUUGCAACAAGUGAACACUGCCAUCAGUGGCUAUUCUAAUGAAAAAUGUCAUUCGUAUGAUUUUUUUGUCAAUAAAUACGAAAACGCAUUUCAAAGGUACCCGCCAAAUCAACUCGAGGAUGCUAAUGAGGAAAAAAGCGAAGAAAUUGAAGUUGAUGAAGAUGAUGUAGACGACGUCGAUGAUACCGAAAACAGCAGCACAGCAGGCGAUGAGAUAAUCGAAGAGGAAGACAGUGGAGAUGUAACUGACAGUGAAGAGAACACCGAUCUUGAAGAUGAAGAGAAUAAAGACGACAAGUCAAAAGAUGACAAUAAUGCUACUGAAGAAGAUAAUGAACUCGAUAGUGACGACGAUGAAAGUAGUGACAAAACAUCACAAUUUCCCAACUGGUUCCUGCAGAAACUCUAUCCCGCGCAUUUGCCACGAUACUUUGUGGAUCUUGUACACCUCCGCAAAUACAUGAACAACCCACAAAUUGAACAUUUCCCAUAUAAUGAUUGCAAUGAAAUUGCAUUGCCAAUAUUGAUCUAUAAUUUUACGCUUUUAAACAGCGUAAGCGAGGAGGAUACCGAACCCCAGCUGGAUGAUAAUGGUGAACCACUGCCUAUUGAAUUUACAUAUAUGGCACGCAGACCUAGAGUUACAGAUAUACAGUAUACGCGCUAUGCCAUGAUAAGUGAAACUAAAUUUGAAUUUACUCCCGAAAAUCCCGAUCCACUGCUCUUUCGGAAUGUGUUCAGAGAUAAAAUGCCUUACUUAGACGCCGACAAGUUAUUUGAAAAAGUCCAGCUACUACCAAAAGACUUGCAGGUGUAUUUCCUAGCGAUCGUUUAUUGGUUGCAUAAAUCACAAAAUUGUGAUAUUGUGCAUCUUCAUGCGUUGCUUAUUUGCGUGGUUGUACUGCGCACAAUCGACUCAAAAAUACCGGCCGAACGUGAUAUUCGAGAAUUUCAAAAACGUUUUGGUAAAAUCGUGAAAAAGGAAAGAAUUGUGCGGGACACAGAUGCGCUAAAAGGCAAAACGCGAACGAUUAGAGAAGAUCUAUUGUCGAUUUCUAUACCAGAACGUAAUGAGUUUAUACCGAAAUCCGAUUGCUAUCUCGUUAUGGACAAUCUGCUCAAACAUUUUCAUAUGCAGGAUAUUUUUAAAAGAAAAUACGAUACAUAUUCAACAACAAUUUUGCAUGCAUUCGCCGAAUUUCAAUCGAUUGUCUUCCAAUUGUAUGGUCUCAAUGGACUGCUCGACCUGCCCUACGAACCACCAAAAAUGGGUCAACUGUUCUGUGGCGUCUUCAUUUACAAUAUUUAUGAUUUGCUAAAGUCACGCGCCGACAUUAUUUAUCAUGUGCGGAAUUUCAUUUUUCACGAUUCACAAAUGAUGUACGAUUUCUAUGAAUACCUCUGGCUAUGGUGCGAUGAGUUUGUGCCACAUUGGAAACGGCCGGUUGUACAAUCAACGACGCAGGUAGUAAGUAAGAAAGUAUUGAAGAAGAAGCGACAAGCAGCGCGUAAACUGGCGGCAGCACAGGAGAAUGUAGAUCCUAAUUUGGAUAUGGUGGAUCGGAGCGGCAGUGAAGAUGGCGUGGCUGCCGAGGAGUUCUUCGACUUAAAUAAUAAAUUUUGUACAUUUCUUAAAGUGAAGUAAUAAAGAAAAUUUUAUUGUAAUUUGAAACAAUUAUGACGGUACUCAUGAAUUUCUAAAUGAACAUUACACAAUCGAUGGCCAGAUAAGAACGACAGGA